GUACUGCCAUUGAAUGCGUAUUGCUAUGUAGGUACAUUACGGCCCACACAUCGGAACCCCAGUUCUCGCUUAUCAGUUGUGCCUGCCGGAUCUGGGACUGGGACCAAGUUGGUAAUAGCGACUUGGUCUGUCGCAAUCGCCGGGGACCCAGUAGUAAUAAGUCAUGGCCCUCCCCCGACUACGGCGUUUAAUGCCUCCAGCUUACUCACAACACUCUCUCGUCUUGGUGAUCUGUUGGGUAUAGGGAACAGAAGCUUGUUUAUCGAGGUUGAUAAGAGACGCAACGCUGAGAGUUGCUUACCUCCCCCGACCAUCCCUUCCGUUAUCUCUUAUCGGAGCUUCGGCCGUUGAGCACGCUGUGUCUCGGAGGUACCAUCCCGUGUUGAAGUCCACAGACCGCCGCCCGGCCUUUCGAACCGUAACCAACUAUCCAAAAUGAAGACGUUUCCCAAGUCAAUAUGGCAUUAUUCAGCCUCUUUACUGCUGUUGACCGAAUACCGCUUGGCUUCAGCCGCAGCGAUACCGGAAUUCAUCUUUAACCCUCGCGCUGGGAACUCUGGUGCCGUUGCAAGUGAGUCUGUAGAAUGCAGCAGGAUCGGCCGUGAUCUACUUGCGCAAGGCGGAAACGCCGUAGACGCACUCGUCGGUACGACUUUCUGCGUUGGAACUGUGGGAAUGUACCACUCCGGCAUCGGCGGCGGCGGCUUCGUCGUGAUCAGAGACGCCGACGGGAACUACGAGUCUGUGGACUUUAGAGAGGCUGCGCCGGCUGCCGCCUUCCAGGAUAUGUACCAGGGCAACAUCGCCGGCAGUGUCUAUGGCGGCCUGGCCGUCGGUGUACCGAGCGAGGUUCGUGGGUUGGAGUACAUCCACAAGAAGUACGGUUCUUUAUCCUGGAAGAGUGUCGUUACUCCAGCUGCGAGGUUGGCGACUGCGGGUUUCAGGGUAUCUUCGGACUUGGUGCGAUAUAUGGACGCAGCUAUCAAGGGGCAGUGGAACUUCCUCGUCGAAGAUCCAGUAUGGGCUGAAGAGUUUGCUCCCAACGGCACGCUCCUCCAACUCGGUGAUACCAUCUACCGCAAACGCUAUGGAGCCACCCUCGCCAAGAUUGCAGAAGAAGGCCCAGAAGCCUUCUACUCCGGCCCCAUAGCAGAAUCCAUGAUCGCCACAGUCCGCGCCACAAACGGCACCCUCACCCUCGAAGACCUCGCCUCCUACAAAGUCGUCACUCGCCCCUCCCUCUCCAUAACCUACCGCGGCCACCGCCUCACCUCCGUCGGCUCCCCCGCCAGCGGCGCUGUAUGCCUAAACACCCUCAAGAUCAUGGAGCAGUUCGACCCGGCCGAGUCCGCCGACACGAAGCUCGGCGUCCACCGCUUCGACGAGGCCAUGCGCUUCGCCUACGGUGCUCGUUCCCUGCUCGGCGACCCGGAUUUUGUGGAGGGAAUCGGGCCGUUUGAGGAUACGCUUAUUGACGAAGCUACGGCCAAGGAUAUUCGUGGGAGGAUCUUGGAUAAUCAGACGCAGCCGGUUGAAAGGUAUGAUCCGCAGGGCGUGUACUCGAGCGAAGGGUUCGGGACGUCGCACAUUGUCACGGCGGAUAAGUCUGGCAUGGCCACCUCCCUGACCACGACCGUCAACCUCCUCUUCGGUGCUCAAAUCAUGGACCCGUUGUCCGGUGUAAUCCUCAACAACGAAAUGAACGACUUCUCAAUCCCAGGCGUCCGCAACGCCUUCGGCUUCGAACCCUCCCCCGCAAACUUCGUCCGCGCCAACAAACGCCCCCUCUCCUCCAUCACCCCCGUCAUCGUAGAACACCCAGACGGCACCCUCUACGUAACCGUCGGCGCGGCAGGCGGCUCCCGCAUCAUCAGCUCCACGGCCCAAGUCACCUGGCACGUUCUCGAGCACGGCCAGACCAUGAAGCAGGCUCUCCGCGAGCCCCGCCUGCACGACCAGCUCAUGCCCAACACUGUCACGUUCGAGUACGCCUUUGACAACGACACCGUCGCCAGCAUGCUCGAAAAGGGCCACGACGUGAUGUGGGUGCCUGAAGGCCGGAGCGCCGUGCAGGGCAUCAUCCUUGAGGAAGGCGUGUUUGAGGCCGCGAGCGAGCCGCGGCAGAAGAACAGUGGCGCGUUUGUGGUUUAGAUGAUUUAGAUGAUAAAUCACGCUUACGCUUACGUUAGACGAUGAGAUUUAUGUGCAACAUAAGCCAGGUUUAUUGAGGUUAUCUGAAGG